AUGGUACAACUUAUAAACAAUUAUACCCUUGUAUGUAAAGGUGGUGCUGUCAUAAAUCAUUUUAUAUGGGACAUUUCCUCAUGUGCAUGUGAUUUUCGAAUAAACAUAUAUGGAUGUCCUGAAUCGAGUGUUCUUGAAAUCUCGUAUUGGGUCAUAAUUCCUUACUGUUUAUUGUUAAGCAUAACCUCUAUUGUGUGUCUCUAUCAUUUAAUAUGCAUCAAAAAUGAACCGUUUUUUUUCAGUCCACGAAGUGAUCGUGGUGUCAUAAGACCAAGGCCAUUACACAUAUACUAUGCAAUAGCAUUAGCUUAUUGUCCAUUUCAAAUAAUUCAUUCAUUAUGUUUGCUUUAUGAUCUUUAUCCCAACGUUUUAAUGGCUGAAAUUGGUCAGGUAUUACCAAGGACUCUAAUUGUAUCAUUUUCUUUUCUAUAUCCAUUAAGUAUAUUAUAUUCAACAUGUGCCUUUGAACUGAAAUUAAUACCUGAUGUUCCAACUUCUCGUCAUGCCUUACGUAAAGAUAUCACUUGUAUAUUUUUCGUUUUAUUACCCAUCUUGAUAUUUCUACCCAUUGCUGGUCUUACUGGGUAUUAUGUUGACAUUGGUGAUAUAAAGACUGCAAACAAGCUCUUUAUGAUUCAUUACCUAGGAUGGUUGAUAUUUGGAUUAUUUUAUGUAUUAGUCAUGGUUACAUUUUGGUCUCGUUUUACUGCUAUCCUGAAUAGUAUGGCGGGCUUGACAAUAGUAAAUGAUCAAAAAAGUGAAUUGGAAAUCAAAUUGGAUCAAUUUAAACAAAAUGUUUUGCAAAGAACUCGUACCAUAUUCAUUUAUGGUAUUAAUAUCACAUACCUUAUAAUUUGGAAUUAUUUUAUUCUCUUCUUCAUUCAUGUAGCUCAAUGGGUUAUAAUAUACAAUACUCAUGUUGCGGAAAAUACCAAUAUUAAAGCAAAUAAUUCCAUGAGUUCACCAUGCAAUAGUCCAAUACCAAUAAGUAAAAUACAAUAUAGUGGCUCUCAUGACGGCUUUUCUUUUAAAAGCAAGAAAACUUAUAAUUUUUGCAAUCAUGCACCGGAUCUGAUACAUGCCUCGGAUCUGAUACGAAGUGGACCAAGUCAGAUUAGCAGGGGACAUUCAUUUAAUUCUUUGUCUGAUAUUACUACUUUGACAGCUAAUAGUAUUCAUGGGCACAAUAACAGUUCUGGAAAACAUUAA